AUGGUCAGCGUAUCAGGAUUGGAGCUCAUUCCCCAAGGCACGGCCUAUGGCCUGCUUGUCGGGCUUGGCGUACUUUUCUGCGCGGUCAUUCUCAUCGCCAUCAAGAUCCAGAAAGCCUACCUAUCUGAGGACUCUGGAACGUCCGAGAUGUUUAUGGUCGCCAAUCGUUCCGUCGGGGUGGGACUGACAGCGUCUGCUGUGUUUUCGUCUUGGAUGUGGAUCAACGAAACAGUCUUUGCAGCGGCAAUGUGUUACCGGUAUGGAUUGGCAGUCCCUUUGUGGUGGGGCUCCGGAUUAUGUUUCCAGAUUGCGCUGAUGGCAGCACUCGGUGUCCUGGCCAAGAUCCGAGUACCUUACGCGCAUACAUCUUUGGAAAUCAUACGAAUGCGCUACGGAAAAGUUGGCCAUAUCGUGUUCAUUAUACUCAAUCUCGUGAACAAUGUAUUUGGAUGCGCAUCUAUGAUCCUAACAGGAUCGCAACUCAUUUACGGUGUAUCCGGCAUGCAUUUUGUUGCCGCCACAAUCCUCAUCCCUCUUGGAGUCGUGUUAUACACGGCGGUUGGCGGGCUAAAAGCCACGUUCCUCACCGAUUAUCUUCACACACUCGUGGCUCUGAUACUCAUAAUCUACUUCACUCUCACCAUUUUGACGCACGACGCUGUUGGUGGGCUUUAUGGAUUAUAUGAGAAGGUCAUGGCCACCGCUGCAGAGAACUAUAUACCUGGCAAUUAUCAAGGGUCUCUUUUAACGAUGAAAUCCAGAGAUGCCAUUAUUUGGGGACUUAUCCUGAAGUUUGGUAAUCUGGCUCUUGUUGUAAUGGACACCGCUUUCUGGCAAAAGUCUUUCGCCACUGAAGUGAACGCCACUGUGCCGGGUUACAAUCUAGCCGCUUUCGCGAUCUUCGGAAUACCUUGGGGCUUGGGAACCGUGAUCGGAUUGACGGCACGCGCAAUCCACAACACCCCCAUCUUCCCAACCUAUCCGGGGGAGUUCACCAGCGCCCAGGUCAAUGCUGGUUUCGUCAUGCCUUAUACAGUCAAGGCUCUCAUUGGCGACAAGGGAAUCGUAGCUUUCUUCGUGCUGCUAUUUAUGGCGCUGACUAGCACGGUAUCGUCCUCGAUGAUCGCAGUUAGCAGUAUCUUGUCAUUCGAUAUCUACAAGACGUACUUGAACCCGAAGGCUUCCGACAAACGUCUUGUAAAGGUCAGUCAUAUAGCAGUCAUCAUUCAUGGCAUCUUCAUCACUGCUGUAGCACUGGCUUUGAAUUAUGGAGGCGCGGACAUGACUUGGAUCGGUUACUUCCGACCCAUCAUAGCGUGUCCGGGAAUCAUCCCGCUAGCACUCACUUUGCUCUGGUCCGGUCAAACCAGACUGGCAGCUGUGGCAUCACCAAUCCUUGGGUUUCUCACGGGACUGAGCAUUUGGCUCGGCACAGCUAAGGCAUUGUACGGUGUUAUCAAUAUGACGACAACGGAGGCCAGUCUUCCCGCUCUUUAUGGUGCGAUUGGGUCUUUCUUCUCUCCGGCUCUAUACUCUGUUGUCAUUUCACAAUUUGGACCGGAACAAUUCGACUGGCGUAUAUUUCUACGCAUCGAGCUGGUAGAAGAGGCUCAAAUUCACCAUACAACCCCGGAGUCAGAGGGUACACUGACCGAUGAGAAGUUCGGGGAUAACGAGACCGGCGCUGUGGAACCUUCCAGGGCAGUGCUGAAGACACCCGUCGCUGGCGUGACGGAUCCCGCAAACGACCUGGAAAAACACCGAGCGGGCGCCCAGCUAGCCGGUGCAGUUGCCGAUGUCCCAUCCUCGUCAUCGUCCUCCGCCAAGAUCAGCCUGGACGAUGUGCGGCACCCUUUCGACGAGGGCACGCUGCGCGAGCUGCAUCGGUGGCAGCGGAUCGCCUGGAUCAUGUUCGUCUUCGUCGUUUUGGUGACCUUUGUGCUCUGGCCUAUGCCGCUCUACCGGGACUAUGUCUUUACUAGGACCUUCUUCUCGAGCUGGACCGCGGUAGCGAUAUUCUGGCAGUUCUUCGCCUUCGCCGCCGUCGUCAUCUACCCGCUGUAUGACGGGCGGCACGAAAUCACGAAGGGUGUAAGAGGCGUUUGGAAAGCGACGAGCUCUUUUUUCGGCAGACGAGGGUAA